AUGUUCGCCCACUUGAUCGACCAGAUAUCACAGGUGUACCCACCGAGGCCGUCUUUCACCGAAGCCACACUACCAGACCUCCACGGAAAGGUGUACCUGAUCACCGGCGCCAACACUGGCGUUGGCAAGGAACUCGCUAAAAUCCUCUAUGGCAAAAAUGCCUCGGUAUACAUUGCUGCCCGCUCAGAGCAAAAGGCCCUAGCUGCCAUUGACGAAAUCGAAACAUCCGCGCCGCAGUCCAGUGGCAAACUGGAAUUCCUGCACCUCGACCUCGCAGAUUUGACCACCAUUCCAGCUUCGGCCCGCAAGUUCCUUGAUAGGGAGUCCAAGCUACACGUUCUUUUCAACAAUGCUGGCGUUAUGAAUCCUGGCAAAGGAUCAACCACAAAGCAAGGCUACGAGCUUCAAUUGGGAGUGAACAACAUCGGCACCUUUUUCUUCACCAAACUUCUAUCACCUACGCUCGUUGAGACAGCCAAGUCAGAGAAACCCGGAACUGUACGCGUGGUAUGGGUUGCCUCAUCCGCCGCCGAGUCGCCGGCUGUCCCCAAGGGAGGCGUUGACAUGAAGACGAUUGACGAGCGGCCAGAGAAGGGCGAUUUUGUAAGCUAUUGCCUCAGUAAAGCCGGUAAUUACCUGCAUGCCGUUGAAAUGGCCAAGCGUUUCAAGGAUAAAGGCGUCGUCAGUGUCGCCUUGAACCCAGGGAAUCUCGAUUCAGAGUUGUGGAGGACCCAGACGGCGUUUACCUCCAAGAUCCUCAGGACAUUUGUGUUGCAUCCGCCCAAAUAUGGCGCUUAUACGGAAUUGUUCGCUGGACUAUCGCCGGCUGUUACAAUUGACCGUAGUGGUGAUUGGGUUGGGCCAUGGGGGCGAUUCUUAAGUAUACGUAGCGACCUAAAAAAGGCCUCGGAAGAAGAAAGUCAGGAUGGCUUGGGAACAUCCAAGGCUUUUUGGGAAUGGACUGAGGAGCAAAUACGACAAUUUGAGUAA